AUGGGAUGUGAUUUUCAUCAGCCUAGCGUACACACACACACACACGACUUACGACUUGCCAAUCAUCCCGAAAAAUCCCCACUUUUUCUCCAUCUUCCACUCCUUUCUCUUCCUCCUUGUCGUUCUCCUUUUCCUGCUCACUUCUACGAUAUUGCAUCAUUCCGACUUGGUCAACGUGAUGUCAAUCCGAGAAUUUGUGCCGCUGUCACUACUUCCGACAAGCGCUGUCACAAGCGCAGCGAGAGAAAGAGAAGAGACAAUUUCUAG